CGCACAAUUUACACAGCUAGAUAGUUAGCUAGUCCUUUAACCUUCACACAAGAUUAGUACCGGUACAUGUGUGCGCGUGCGUUGUGUACGGGUUGUAUGGAUUUUUAACGUUUCAUCAAUUUGCAAUUUCUACCGAACUUCGUGCGGAUCAUCGUUGCAAAUUUUACGACAAACUGUCCGUUUAUUGAUGAACUCUUCGUGUACGUAGUUAGUUUUGCUUUGAUUAUGUUGUCUUGACUUUUUAGAAUAACUGUGAGCUUCAGAAGUGCUCUGCUGUUAUGCUGACAUCAUCCAAGAUUCCUGGAACAUAGCUUCUCCAAGCUGUUUGAUAUGCCUGCCAGAAUUUCAGGGUUUGGAGCCAUACCUUUUUGUGACAUGCCAAUGGACACGAUACUUCUAAGUUCCAGUCCACCUGGCCUAGGUUGCUUCCCCACAGCAAAUUCUUUGGGAUAUUACCAUCAGAGAGUUCCUCCAAAAGGUGGAUUCAGUAUGGGGAUCGGAUUGAAGGGAGAUUUCCUGAUGCAAAUGCAGCGAGACAGAAGAAAACUACCUCUUCGCUCAUGUAUCAAGAGCAGAACUGUAACCAAUGGCUAUGAUUAUCGAAAGAACAGUCUAGAUAACAUGACGAGAAGUGCUGUUUGCAUGACGAACGGUAAAGCGGCCCAAAGUCCUGGCUUACAUCGAAGAAACGAGCUGAAAUCGAAGCCUGAGAUUAGGGCGUGUAAUGGGAAAGAGAAAAAGAAGGUAUCUUUUGCAGAUGCUCAGGGGUAUUCACUCCAGACUGUGAAGUUUAUGGAUGGGCCAAGCAAUAUGCCUCCCAAGUUGAGCAUUCACUUACUUGAUGAUGUCAUUCAAAAUGCUGAAGCGAAGCCUACGAACCCUUACACUUACGUGCCCGACUUUGAACAGCCCGCAUCUAAUUAUUUGGAGUUUCGCAAGAGGCUGGAGAGUGAGACAGUAUGUCUGGAGAAUGUGAUGAUCAAAGAUAACAUCACAGUCGUAGGUACCAUCAAAGUGAAGAACAUUUCUUUCGAGAAGUCCGUCUUCAUUCGGGCUACUUUCGACGAAUGGGAGACGCACAUAGACGUACCGGGAUCAUACGUGUUCCCUAGUCAAGCAUCAAACUCGUAUGACAAAUUUGAUACGUUCUCGUUCAGUCUCGACAUGCCACCCAACCAUGGGGGAAAGAGUCUGGCGUUCUGUGUCUGUUACACCGCAAACAAUCAGAGUUUCUGGGAUAGCAACCAUGGAAAUAACUACAAAAUCGUCACAGAUAAGGAAAAGGAUUUUGUGCAAAAUCGAGAACAACUUUCAUUAAAAAACUUGAGUGGGGGUCGAUCGUAUGGACAGUUUUCAUACUGGCAGGUCGCUGGCCAGGAAGAACGACCGUAUUGGUGACAGAGGGCUGAUAAUUAUUGCAAGUGUAAUUGAAUAAUAGAAUACGCCAAAGUUUAUGCCUUUGGAAAUAUUUAGGGUUAUAUUUUUCUUAAUAAUACUGUAUUUUCAAUGAGUGAGUAGCACUGAUAUUAUAUAUUGAUUAAUAUUUAUUAUGUGUGAUGAUGGUAAUUUGAUGACAAUUUAUUGUAGUAUUAUUACAAGUCUUAACAUUUUUGAUGCAGUCUUGUCAAGAUUAAUACACGUACCGUACAGUCAGGUGUAUCUCGCAAAUAACAGGAUUUGUUUAGGAUGGGCUACAUUUCACAUUUAAUCUAUCCUGGAUUCAGUACAUGCAUAUGUGUACCAAGUAUAUUAGUUGCUUUGAUAUGAUUAUUUGUGCUUUUUGGCAAACACAAGUUGAAAGAAUUUUUGUUCAUUUUAAAUCUGUAGGAGACUGGCACCUUACAUUUUUUUUCUACUGCAUGCAAAAUGAUGCAAUGCCAUGCAUAUUCCUAGGUUUUAGUCAAAAAUUACAUUAAAACCAGUCGACUGAUAAAUGACAACUCAAAAUAUCAUGCAUAGUUAUCUACAUACAUAUCCAGCUAUGAUUCUGAAAUAUCUACACAAUAUUCUUCAAGUCUAACAAAAGUCCUACUACUUAAUGUGCUUUACUUGCUUUUGAGCUGUGAUUUGGGGUUUUGUGCAACUGCAGUGCUAGAUCAUAACAGGUAUUCAUAGUUGGAUACAGAUAGAAUUUCUGACUUCUAAGUUCUAUUAACGUACAUAUGUAGGUUUAAAUUAAUGUUUGUAUUGAUAACAAUUAAUGGAGGUUGGUUGGAACUUGGAAAACCAUGCAUCCCCUCUACAGCAUUUCAAAUGCGCAUACUAAUAAUAGAUUUAUAUAAUAUCAAGAGUCUAGACUACAUGUAAUAGGUUACACAAGCUGAUCACCUGAUAGUGCUGCAUACUCGUGCUGCAUACUACAUCAUUACAUAAUGCUGUAGACUAGUUACAAAAGCCGAUCAGCUGAUUGCCAUAGUGCUGCAUACUACCAUGUCAAACCAUCAAUUAUGCAUGCACCAUGAGCACUGUGCAUGCUGGGCCUAACAGGGCUUAUUGUGGCACUUCUAUACAUAGAAUCUAUCGAUCUGCUGUGCACAUGUGUACAGUGAGUGCUGGUUCACCACAAGGUCAAACCCAUGUCUUGCAUAAUCCCAUGUACAUCACAUGUAUAGUUAUUUUGUAUGUGUGUGUGUUUGUGUGCAGUAAUGAUAUUCACACAGCUCAUGAAUAUGAAUAGAUACUUAAAGCAUGGACUUACUAGUUGACAGCUAGUAAGUCCAUGCUUAAAGGAAAUGUCUACAGUUUUCCUUGCAUAAAGGGCCCUAUGUGCCCAAUAUUUGUAAUGGGUACUUAGAUUUUUUAAUUUAUUCUCCUUUUUUUGUAAACAUCAGCUUUCCUGUGUCAGUUACUUACCCCUCUAUACAAGGACCUCCUCACAUAAUCCCAGUGUAAAACAAAUCUCUUUUAGCUGUAAAAGCUGUAUUACAAUAGCAAUAAUUUAAAAUACCUUCAACAUAUGGAGCCCCUUCAAGUACAUGUUCACCGUUGCUCAUUUAAUACUCUUGUUCUUCAUGGAAAUAUUCAGAUUUUUAGCAGGGAAAUGUUGAAAUAUUAGUGUACAACAUGUAGUCCCUGUACAUGUACAUGUGUGUAUGUAUUACUAUUAACAUGACUGAAUGUGUUGUAUUUCUGUCUUGGUCAAGCACAAAUUCAAGUUCCUUGAAAUUUAUGUGAAAAUUACAAGAGCAUGCACUAACUAUUAGGACAUAUUUUUUAUGAUUGGCAAUUCACCCUCAAUUUAUAUUCCAAUACACACACAAAUCAUUGCAAAUGGAAAGUUCAUGAACAGUUUCCUUCGCUUUACAAAGCUGUAUUACAUUGUAUGUGGUUACUCAAGAUAAUACAGUCAUUUAUAUACCGGUAGCCAAAGCAAAGUGUUCUUGAUGAACAACAUCAUUUACAUAGCGAUGUUUUAUUACUACAUUUAGUUUACAAUGUGUAUGUAGUUACAUUGUAUGUACACAAACCCUAACUGAAAGCUGUGUCAUGAACUAAAAGUGCAUCCAUAGUACCACUAUUGGUGAAAUACAUGUACAGUCAUACAGUGUAUAUUGUACAUGUAUACAGAUUACAGAAAGUGAAAGUUAUAUAAACUGUUGUAAGUCAAGAUAGUGUAUUCAGGAAGCUUGUUCUUUUAAUCAGAAUGAUAAUAAUAAUGCAACUCUCUAAGGCCUAACUUGUAGCAUGGACUUACUAUCCAUGCUUGUAGUAAAGUAUGGUCAGAUUACAUCACUGAUGUUGUUAUCAUCCACUUGUGUAUCCAGUGCCCCCCCCCCCUCCAUCCUACAUCAUACUACAUGUAUUUCCUCUUUUGGACCUGUUAAAAUGUUCAUGCUUUGUUCUUUUUGUAUGUCCUGCAAGGCUGUAUGUGAAUACAUGCUCGUGAUACCAUGAAUGUAAUGGUUCUUUUAAUCAGUCAUACAUGAAGGAAAUUGCUCAGAACGCCUGGUAUUUGAUCUUGCCCCCUUAUCAUCAACCAAGAAAGAAAAGGAAGGAAAAAAACACAAAGCAAAUGAGUUUCAUGAAGGAUUGGAUGAAAUAGGGAGCGAUAUAAUGGAAUUGUAUGUAUAUCAUGUCAGUCUGCUACAUUCCAAUGCAGAAACACAGUACAUGUCUGAAAAGUAUGGCCACUCUAUGGUAAAGCCUGGAUUGUUAUGCAUGUCAUACUCUGAUUGAGAAUAUGCAAAGAAAUUUUGGAAGAAAUGGUGUUUAGUUUACAUGCAAGUCUAACUAAGUGUUUAGUCAUCCAUCAACCAUGUUCAUUUUUUCUUUCAAAUUUGGAGUACAAGGCUGUUGAUAAAUAGAUGUACACUGUAUGUGUGUUUGGUUGCCCCCGUUUCAUCUCGGCAGUUAACAAGUAAUCGGUGCACAAAGUGAAUGGCUUUGACACAUUUAUCAAUUCUGGUAUGCAUGAUUUGUCUCCAUGUUCACAGAAAAUGCUAUAUUUCAAUUGCAAUAUUAAGUGAAUUUUGUAGUGAAAUAUAAUUCACUCUACAUGUUUCUUCCAAUGGUCAGGGUUAUUACUAACAACUUUUGCAAUCUUAAUAUAAUUGUGUAUAGGGGUGUGUUGGGGUCUCCAUUUCUGUGAAAUUGCUUCUUUGUAAAAAAAAAAAAAAAAAAGUUUUACAUAUCGCAUAUAUAUACACACAGAUAGAAAUUUGGCCUUGUGUGCGAUAAAAAGUUCAUUGUACAUGGAAAGUGCUGUGGUUUUUGUGUGAAAACAAACCAGUAGUCUUCUUGUGUGCAACAACUUCCUCAUUGACUAUUUGUUGUUGAAAAGUAUCUAUGCUUGUGCUCUGCUGUUCUUUGAUUUUGUGUUUCCUUUUAAGCUGGAACAUGGGAUUUCCCAUGAGUUUCUUCAAAACUUUCUUUUCAUUAUACAUUUUCUCUACCAUUGUUACGUCAUUCUAUAGUUAUGUGCUAACUCUCCUUACGUCCAUGUAUACGUCAGAAAAUUUAUUGUUGUGUCUAUAGCUGUGUUUGAUGAGACGGCAUAACUUUUACCUUUUGCACAGUUCAUUGCCCAAACUCAAAGAAUGGUAUUUACUCAGUUUAAAUGCAAAUAUACCAAAGUCCUGUUUCUCCCCAUAGAAGGCCUCUUUCAUUGUAGACAAAUGGACAUGUUCUACAACGGUUACCUAAUUUAACUUCUGGGUCUACUGUCGUACAGUUCUGUGUACGUCACAGAAUUUAAGCCUUGUAGAAUUACUAACAGCUUUUUCCUAGUAUAGAUUAAGUUUGAACAAGUUUGUACCAGAUCAUAAUUAUGCCACAAGUAAUAAAUAAGUAGAGUUUCUUUUGUACAUGUUGUAGGUACUUAAAUAGGUUUUCCAAUCGUCCAACGUGAAUAUUGCAACUCAUUCUUGUUCUGCACAAAGUUUUAAUCACAACUUCACUAUUUUCGUCCAUUAUUUUUUAGCCUUUGAACUUGAAGUCGAUAUAUUGUGUGGUAUUUGCAUGGAUUAGACCAAAAAGUACAAGAAAAGAUAUGGUGUUGAGAAAAAAAGAAAUGUACAAACAAUUACAUGAAAUAUAAUAUAUAUAAUUUUAGCGUGACGAAGGUGUUUGUGUUUUGGGAGACUGCAUGCAGAUUUAUCCGAGAGAGAUAAAUAACAUAUUUAAAAGAUGAGAAGUUUAACUUGUAAUAAUGAUCGCAAUUGUUGAGUUUCAAUUAUUUCAUGCCUACCGUGUAUCAGUAUUGGAAAAGAGGUUCAAAAUUCAUAUAUUUUGAUACACAGAACGAUGUUUUGUUGUUGUGGCGGAAACUACAUGUAAAUCAUAAUUUGUGAGAAGAUGGAAAUUAUGAAAUUUAUAGAUGAAAGAAAUUGCAAGGAUUGUUUUACUAAGGUACAUGAUGUACUGAAUAAAACAAGAAAACCCUCUUUUAGGGGGCAUUCAAAGAAAUGUUGUUCCAUGAUCCAUGUAUUAAUAUUAUACCGUUGUUGAUUUAUAA